AUGCGAGCCGAGCCCGCGGGCCAGGGCCUGGCCGUGGAGCUGAGCGCCGGUUCUGAAGCAGCGCAUGUUGGCGGCGGAUUUGAGCGCGAAGGCGAGGGAGAAGCUGUCGGGAGGGGUGUCCAAGGCCCGGAGCAUGAGGGAGAAGGUGGAGAUGGAGUCCCGGGGCGAGUCCGAGUCGGAGAAGCCGCGGAUGACGGCGUUGUACAUGAAGGGGUCGGGGUUGGGGACGCGGCGGAGGAGGAGGCGGGCGUGGUCGAGGCCGCCGGAGAGGUUGACGGCGCAGUGGAGGAGCAAUUUUCCGGCGACGAGUGGGUUUGUUUCGAGGCCGGUUUUGGUGGCUCGGGCCUGGAAUUGGUGGAGGGAUUUCAGGGUUCUGCAGUUGUUCAAGAGUGA